CUUCAUCACACUUGUUUCCAUCGCUUAAAAUUUGAUCGCUAGUCUUCUUCGUCGUCGUCUUGUUCAGAUUGAAAUCAAUGGUACUCGGAGCUGCAGCGCGUGUAGCCAUCGUCGGCUGCCGUAGGCUCGUCUCCUCAUCACAUGCUCCCCUCCUCGUCUCUUCUCAGUCUCGCCAGAUGAGUACGGAUGCACGAAGCGUUUCCGAGAAGCUUAGGAACUCAGGUCUUUUACGAACGCAAGGUCUAAUAGGAGGGAAGUGGAUUGAUUCGUAUGACAAGACUACAAUCAAGGUUAACAAUCCAGCAACAGGUGAAAUUGUGGCUGAUGUUGCAUGUAUGGGAGUUAAAGAGACGAACGAUGCUAUUGCUUCUUCUUACGAAGCAUUCCAAUCUUGGAGCAGACUGACUGCUGGAGAGAGGAGUAAAGUUUUGAGGAGAUGGUUUGACCUCCUGGUUGCACACAAGGAAGAACUUGGACAACUUAUAACUUUGGAGCAAGGAAAACCACUAAAGGAGGCUAUAGGAGAGGUCGCAUAUGGGGCAAGUUUUAUUGAGUACUAUGCGGAGGAGGCAAAACGUGUAUACGGUGAUAUAAUUCCUCCUAAUUCGUCUGAUCGCCGGUUGUUGGUCCUAAAACAGCCUAUUGGUGUUGUUGGCGCUAUUACACCUUGGAACUUUCCCUUAGCCAUGAUUACUCGAAAGGUUGGUCCUGCUCUGGCUUCUGGUUGCACGGUGGUUGUUAAACCAUCUGAACUUACGCCCCUGACAGCACUUGCUGCGGCUGAACUUGCACUUCAAGCUGGAGUUCCUCCAGGUGCACUUAAUGUGGUCAUGGGAAAUGCUCCUGAAAUUGGGGAUGCUUUGCUUUCGAGUCCACAGGUGAGGAAAAUCACGUUCACAGGAUCAACAGCAGUUGGGAAGAAGUUGAUGGCAGCUGCUGCACCUACUGUCAAGAAGGUUUCUCUAGAACUUGGCGGCAAUGCACCCUCCAUAAUAUUUGAUGAUGCAAACCUGGAUGUAGCAGUAAAAGGAACGCUUGCAGCGAAAUUUAGGAAUAGUGGUCAGACAUGUGUUUGUGCGAACAGAGUACUUGUGCAAGAUGGUAUCUAUGAUAAAUUUGCUGAGGCCUUUUCUGAAGCGGUUCAAAAAUUAGAAGUAGGAGAUGGCUUUAAGGAGGGGACAACCCAGGGUCCACUCAUAAACGAUGCAGCAAUUCAGAAGGUAGAGUCUUUUGUGCAAGAUGCUGUUUCCAAGGGAGCAAAAGUCCUUCUCGGUGGCAAAAAGCACAGUCUAGGGAUGACUUUUUAUGAGCCUACUGUUAUCCGCGAUGUUACGAGUAACAUGAUCAUGUCUAAGGAGGAGAUUUUCGGACCAGUAGCUCCCCUUAUUCGGUUCAAAACUGAGGAGGACGCUAUCAGAAUCGCCAAUGACACUAUUGCAGGACUUGCUGCUUAUAUAUUCACAAACAGUGUGCAACGAUCGUGGCGUGUCUCUGAAGCACUUGAAUACGGACUUGUAGGGGUGAACGAAGGAAUCAUAUCAACAGAGGUGGCUCCAUUCGGGGGAGUGAAGCAGUCUGGUCUUGGAAGGGAAGGAUCCAAGUACGGUAUGGACGAAUACCAUGAGAUCAAAUACAUAUGCAUGGGAGAUAUGAACAGACAGUGAUUUGGUUUGUUAAAUAGCUUGGAAACGGUCAGUUCCUCCCCCACUUAUAUAUCCUUCCAAUAAGGGUUUCGAGGUUUCUUAUUAAGAAAUAAAGAAUUGGUCUACUUUGACCAAUAUGUUUUAGCAUGGUUCUUGAAUAAUAUUCUGAUCUUCUUUUUAAGUUGUUUUUUUUGUAAUAUUCUGACAAUUUCUGCUUCGUAUAUACUAAAAAGAGAGCGGUCUUGUUCUUGGAAGUCGAUGUGUGUCGUUUUAAUUUUAUUUUGCAUCAUUAUCUUAUUAUAUAAAACACAUACACGUCCCAUGUGCUGUUAACUGCUGAUUAGGAGACUUGUAGCAUUCAGUUAAUUGCUGAUUAAAGAGCACUAGGUUAACUGCACUCAGGUAUGGUUUUAAAAUAGCGUUAGAAAUACGUGGUUCUAUGCCGAACUUGUGAUGUUAUUUUCUUUAACGUUUUUUUUUUAAGUGGAGGAAAGAUAAGAAGAGCGGAAGGAAUAUAUUCAUUUCGGAGAAGAAAUUCUAAAGCACCAUAAAAAGAUGCUUGAAGUUCAAGCAACCAUGGCCUCAAUUUUUUUGAACCGACUUGCUUUAUUGUCAUCAAUUUAUUUAUUUUCCGGCUUAUUUUUUUCUUUUUAAGUUCUUAGUUUGAACAGCAAUUAGCUAAAAGUUAAACAUUGUCUUUACUUGGACUAAAAUAUAACAAAAAAACUUUGCUUGC